AUGAAAUUAUUGGUAUAUGUUUCACUCAUCAUUUUUUCUUUUGGUAUUGUUGUUAAUAAAACUAAAAAGAUUAAGCUGUAUUCUAAAACAAAACAAAAUACUUGCCAAAAAGAACAGUGUUCUAUUCCAUAUAUUUCUCAAACUUCAUUUGACUGUUCUAAUGAAGCAAGUGCAAGUGGGUUGUUAAGCAAAGGGGAAUUUACUAUUGAUGAUUUGAUAGAAGCUAUGUACUUUUAUGGAACAACAAUAGACCUUGUAGGAUCAUUAAAUAAAGACGCCUUUAGCCCACCCUCUUUUAUUGUUGUUAAAGUGAAUAAUAAGCCUGUUAGAUUUGGGGUUAUAAAUGAAGAUUAUUUAAAAUGUAGAUCUGAAGAGUGUUGUAUGAGAAGAUACAGUGAAUCAACAACAGACAGUAUUGUCAGAAGAGGAAAAAAUAUAUUUUCAAUUGAGAGUCAAAGUAAUGUUAUAUGCAUUUCUUCUAUAGAGAUUAAGUUUAAUUAUGGAAUACAAUUACCUGAUAUUAUUACGCUAACACCAUCAUGUGGUCCUAUAGAAGGGAAUACAACGAUUCAAGUAUUUGGGAAUAAUUUUCAAGAAGAAGGAAAACAAUAUUAUUGUUGGUUUGGGAAUGAAAAAAGUAAAUUUGAUGUAAUAAAUUCUACAUUUGGAAAUUGUUUAAGUCCAAAUAUUAAUAAAAUUCAUUCAUAUCAAUUUCAUGUUGGAUAUGAAGAUGAUGGAAAUAUUAAAUCAAACGUCGAGUUUGAAUAUUAUAAUUGUUCGAUAAUGAAAGCAGAAAAUCAAAAUUAUCAAGAAAAACAAAUUAUUAUGGUUAAUGGAAAUGGAUUUAUUGACACUAAAAGUAUUUAUUGUAAAUUAGAAGAGACUAACUAUAGCAAACUAUCACCUAUUAUUUUAAAAGCAGAGUAUAUUGAUCAAAAUACAAUAAUAUGUCAAAUAAAUAAUAUGGAUGAAAUUAAAAACAAAAAGUAUUUUCUUAGUAUUUCAUUAAAUAAUGUUGACUAUAUUAAAUACAACACAAGCGUUUUAAUUAAACCUGAAGUUCAAUAUUAUAGCAUUGAAUGGAUCAUUAUUCUAAUAAUAUUGACAAUAACUAUUAUUAUUCUUCUAUCAAUAGUUACUGUUGGUGUUUUAUUUAUAAAGAAACAAUCUCAACAAGAAUCGGUUGAUCAAACAAUCUCAACAAAAGAGAUAGUUUGUGAUAAAAUUAUUGGAAGAGGUAGUUUCGGGGAUGUAUGGAGUGCUAGUUGGAAAGGUCAAGAAAUAGCUGUAAAACUCAUUCCUAUUGAAAGGGUAGAAAAGAAAAAUAUUGAAGAAGUUACUAAAGAAGUUAAACUUAUGAAAUCACUAAGACAUCCUUGUAUUCUUCAAUUCUUUGGAAGUGGAAUGGAUAAUAAUUUUAUGCUUAUAGCAAUGGAACUAAUGCAAAAUGGUACUGUUAGAGAAAUAUUAAAUAAUAGUUGUAUUAAUUUAACUAUAGAAAAUAAAUUAAGAAUGCUUAAAGACACUGCUAGUGGAAUGUUUUAUCUUCAUCACUGUAAACCACCAAUUCUUCAUAGAGACCUUAAAACUAAUAAUUUACUUGUUAAUGAUAAUUGGUGUGUAAAAGUCAGUGAUUUUGGAUUAUCAACUCCUUUACUUGGUAAAGAAAUUAACACAACAAAUCUUUGUGGUACAUUAGCAUGGAUUGCUCCAGAAAUUUUACAAAAUAAACCAUUUGGUAUUAAAAGUGAUGUAUAUUCUUUUGGUAUUGUUAUGUGGGAAAUUCUUACUCGAAAAAGACCAUACUCUAAACUUACUCCAUAUCAGAUAAUGCUUAGUGUCAGCCAAAAAGGAUCUAGACCUAAAAUUCCAAAAAAACUUGCAACUAAUGAAAUAAAUAAAAAAUAUAUUGAACUAAUGGAACGUUGCUGGGAUGAAUUACCUGAAAGUCGUCCUUUGUUUGAUGAAAUUAUUGAUAUUUUGACUGAUUUAAUAGAAAUGACAAAAUUUUGUUAA